AUGGCUGGCAAAGAAAUACUAGCCUCGCAAUUCUCAUGUUGUUGUAGAGAUUCGGGCUGCAAGAACUUUGAACAAUUCAACGACGCAUUCAAAAAGCUUGAAUAUGAUUCUAUGUUAGCUGCUGAAAUUGGACAAGCCUUAUUAAAAAAGCAAAAAAAUGAUAGUAAUUUGAGCAUAGAUGAUCCUACUACGAAUAGUGCUGACGAUGAAGAUGAAGAAAUUACCAUACAAUUUUUGAAGAACAAUCUGCAUGAUUUAAAACAAUCACAAUGGGAAAAAGAACGUAGCAAACAGAUUGUUGCUAUGCUUGAGAAAGAAGUAAGCUCACUGAAAUUAAGCUCGAUGGAACUGAAGAAGCAAACUGAUAUAUACAAGCAAGAAGCUGAGAAGAAAAAUGCCAUAGAACAAAUGCUACGCGAAAAAAUUGCACAAUUGGAAAAACGGUUCAAAACUGAAGUUUUAGAUUUGAAGCAGGAACUUCACCACGCUAUAAAAAAAGAAAAUAGCCUAUUGAUGAGGUAUAAGAAAUUGGAGUCUAAUUAUGAAACUUUACGAUUAACGUACGAAUCAUUAGAAAAAGAGCAGAAACUGAAUGCAGUUUCUAAGAGCAUGUUGGAAUCCAAUGAAAGAAUAGAAGACGAGAAGUUAGAUAUGUUGACAUUAGAUACAAAUCAGGACACUUCAAGAGAUGAUCUAUAUACUGUGAAGCUGUCGAUACCAAACAAUUAUCAUGGGAAAGACAGGAAAGUUGCUGUUUGCUAUCCAUCUAAUUCUAUGCAAGACAACAACUCGAUAUGUAACUGUAUCAAGAAUCCUUUCGAUGUAUUACACUCAGUCACACGAGAAAUGGUUGAUAGGAUUAGUGCGACAGACACUAGGACCCUCAAUAAGCGCCUCAAGCGUGGUGUAUUCAAUAUCUCAGAAUUAAGUGAAUUAAGCAACUCUAUCUUGGAGCAAAUAGUAAAAGAUCUGGAGACAGAUUUCAGAUCAAAGUUUGGAUGGUUCACAGAUCAAUAUCAAUUAUUUGGGGACGCUUGUUUUACUGAUAAUGCCGAUAUGACAAAAAUUAGCAGUAGCAGUGGGUGUAUCAACAAUGACACCUUCUUUUCUCUGGUGAAUCUGAUCCAAUUUCUAUUAAAGGAUUUAAGCAUAAACAAAAUGACGUUAAAUGAUUUGCAAGCAGAUUAUGUUCGACGCAUUGAAACUUUGACAAACACAACAUCAACAUCGCUCAUGCCCAUCAAUCCUAUCAAGAACAACGAUCCACAUAUUUUGGACCCUUUGUCACAUCAUAAAUUGGCAAUGACCUCUACGGUUGCAUGUGUACGUGCUUCAUCGCCUGCAAAGCAUACAUCAAGGAUGAAAUUUCAAAUCGAUAAGGGUCGGAAUAGGAGACAAGGAUUGCUAUCAUUUUUCGUUUGA